AUUAGUCACAUGACCGAGAUUAGUCACAUGCUUUGCAACAUGGACGUCUUGGUUUCUGUUGUGGUACAUCAUUAUAAGUCGUUUUAAGACCGAUCCCAUUUUUCCCACUUACUACUUAAGGUUUCCUUCUGUAAAUAGGAAACUUGGAAAUGGAAGAAGAAAAUUCUUAUCAGCAAGAUGAAGCAAAAGUGGAAACGCGACCACAGUCUAUCAAUUAUAGCGAAGAAUUUGAAGUGCGUGUACCUGAAGUGGGCACAAGUUGGUUUGCUGCAGUAUUCCUUGUUGUCAAUGCUGCAUUGGGUGCUGGUCUUCUCAAUUUCCCAGAAUCUUACUACCAAGCUGGUGGGGUUCUCAUUGGCAUAGUCAUUCAAGCAUUUUUGAUGAUAUUUGUGGUGGCAGCUCUAUUAAUUCUAGUGUACUGCUCUGAUAAAAACCAAAGUACUAACUACCAAGAAGUUGUUUUCUAUCUGUGUGGCCAUCAGGGUCUGUUGUGGUGUUCUAUUGCAAUCACGCUUUACUGCUAUGGUACCUGCAUCACUUUUCUUAUCAUCAUUGGCGACCAAUGGCAAGAAUUUUUUAUCUUUGUUAAUAAGAGCCUUUUCUGUACAAAUCCUUGGUAUAUGGACCGAAUAUUUACUAUAACAGUGACCUCAACAAUACUCAUUUUACCAUUCUGUUUCCCUAAGAAGAUAGAUUUCCUAAAGUAUGCAAGUUGCCUAGGAGUUGUGGCUGUUAUAUAUGUUGUGAUUGUUGUUAUUGUUAAAUAUGCAUUACUUGAAAGUCCUCCUGAAUAUAUACGCACUUCACCUGAAAAUUGGAUUGAUGUCUUUUAUGUCAUGCCUACUGUUUGUUUCUCCUAUCAGUGCCAUGUUAGUGUUAUACCCAUUUACUCUUGUCUAAAAAAGAGAACACUACGGGAAUUUUCUAAGACGAUUGCUGUGGCUAUUGCCCUUUGUAUAAUUACUUACACAGUUAUGGCAACAUGUGGCUACUUAACAUUUGGUUCCAAAAUCAAAAGUGAUAUUCUCUUAUCUUACAACAACCCAGAUGUCUCGAUCCUUGUAGCUGUACUUUUAAUAGGUUUCAAGACUUACACUUGCUAUCCAAUUUUACAUUUUUGCGGCAGGGCUGGUUUAGAAAGUUUGUGGUGUUAUAUAUUUAAUCUCUCUGCUGUGAGUGCCAGUAUCCAUGAAAAAACACGGCGUAUUAUAAUGACUCUAGUCUGGUUUUUUACAACUCUUAUCCUUGCUGUGUUAAUUCCUAAUAUUGGAGUAGUCAUCGCAUUCCUUGGAACAUUAGCAGCUGUCUUUAUCUUUGUCUUCCCAGGUAUAUGCGUCCUUCAAUUAGGUUUACAUAUGAGCGACUCCCCAGUGUGGAAACCACGAUUAGCUGUAGGCUGUGGAAUAUUAUUUUUGUCUUUAGGUGCUUUUAUUUUUGGUGUCACCUUUACUCAAGCCAUUCUGGAUAACCUUCAUGGGUUUUCUGGGAGUGGAUUAGAAAAUAUCUGUGAUACAAACGUUACAUCUACUUAGAAAAAAAAACAAGUAUAUUGAACAAAUAUGAACAAAAAUUGUUAAAUUUUAAUGAUUAUUUUUUUUCCAUCACAUUUGUUCCUUUCAUCCAGUUGUUGUAUUCUGUAAAAGUGUCUUCAGUGUAAUUCAGUGUUCAAAAAUACUUUGGAUAAUGUGAUAUUCUAUUAACAUAUUUUUGUAAUAAUUUGAUAAAUGAAUUUAUUUUCUUGUGUUUUUUAUAUAUAAUAUAUAUCAUCAUCAUCAUUUAGCCAGCAUGGAAUAUGGUUAUUAAAUGAUGAUUUACAUAUAUAAUGUUUUCAGUUUCAACAAAUUUAGUGCUUUCUAUAUAUAUUUAUUUACAUCUUUUGUAUGUAAAUUUUUUUUUAUAUAAAAUCAACAAAUUUUUGUUAAUUACAUGUAUUAUAAAAAUUGCUAUUUUUUACUAUAGCCCUCACUUUCUAGAUCUUUUCACUAAGAUCUAUAGCAGUUUAUUUAUGUACCAUUUGUCAGAUGGGAAGUCACCCUUUGAAUGGCUAAACUUUUGCAGGCUGUUAUUCCUAAGAGAGUAAUUAAAUUCAACACUGCAAGCUAAUGAAGUAUAGUAUUAUUGUUGCUUAAAGCAAUAAAAUUAUACCACCUUCAUUGGCUCUUACUCAUACUUGGUUAUUGGAAGUUUAGUAUAUUUGAUAGGCAUAUAAAGUAGUUGUACUAAGAAGCCAUGAACUACCAAUCUCGAAGCUGAUUGUUGUCUUGUCUCAUGCUCUAUCAGUGUUGUUAUUGUCAUGUUUCCACUGUAACCAUUCCGUAAUUAGAAACCUGUUCAAUCAUGGGACCAUCACAACUAUUUCUUGACAAUGGAAUUAUAUUCUUUAAACAUCCCCUUUCUUUUUCUUCUUACCACCUGCUGCAAUAAGUUGGUUUUUGCAAAUUUUUGCAUGUCUCUAGAACAAUUGUUUUUCAUCUAAAUAGUAGCCUGCAGCUACUAACAA